AUGUACUGUCUCAUUUCAGCUCCGAUUAUCACUCUGCCUGAUCAAUGCAAGAGUCAGGGAGGAUGUCUUCAGGAUCUACUUCAGCAGCUAGAGAACAUUACACAGCUUCCAUUAUCUGUUGUGACUACGGUUUUGGACAUGGCUCUGAACACAUCAGCUGUAGUUUCGCAGUCAACUGAUUCAAAAGAAUUAGCGGCAAAUGGAAAUCGUGUAUUACAAGCAAGCGAGAAGCUCCUAUCUGCACUGGUGAAAUCAACAGAGACAAGCGACAAUGUCAGUUUUACUCUCGACACAGUAGAGGUAAAAGCCUUCUCGAUUGGACCAAAAUUCCCUUCAGAACAUUUCCCUCAGCUGGACACAAAAAAUGCUUCUAUGGACAUUGAUCUGAUCGGGAUUGCCAAGAGUAACAAGGAAAAAGGAUCUGCUGCUGUGGCUUUCAUGAGCUUCACCACAAUGGAGAAUCUACUGAAGGCCGACUUCUUCAACACAACUAAUGACACCAUUAAAACCAUGAUGUCCACUGUGAUCUCAGCUACUCUUCCCAAAACCAGCAACACUACACUCACCAAAGCAGUCAACUUCACCUUCAGACACAUCAGAGUGUUUGACCCCAACGGUUCUCUGUCCUGUGUGUACUGGAAUAUCAGCGAGUGGAUUGUAGAUGGUUGUUCUGUGUUAAACAGCAACAGCAGCCACACUGUGUGUUCCUGUGUUCAUCUGUCCACAUUCGCUCUCAUCAUGCAGACCAGCCGCAGUCCACCACCGAGCGAUCGGCUGGAUCUGCUGAAUCUGGUGUGUGUGAUCGUGGGUCUGGUGUUCUUCAGUUUGGCUCUGUUGUCCUUUGCUCUUUGUCAGUGGAGUCCUGGAGUCAAUAAUGUGGCUCGAAUCAACAUCUGCAUCAGUCUGCUGUCGGCUCACCUUCUGUUGCUGCUCACACAACAGUUCCUGAGCCUCAUUCGCCCUCAGCAGGUGUUGUGUGUGGUGAUAGCAGGCCUUCUGCACUUCCUCUUCCUCUCCGCCUUUGUGUGGAUGUUCAUUGAAGCUGUGCUGCUCUUCAUCUGUGUCAAGAACCUAUCACAGAUCAGCCCAAAAAAGAGGGAGGUGCUUAGCAGUGGAUUUCUGUGUGUGAUUGGAUAUGUGGUUGCUCUAGUUGUGGUGUGUGUGUCUAUUGGGUUGAUCCCAGAAGGAUACGGCAGUGAACAAUGCUGGAUUAAAACAGAUGAAGGGUUUAUCUGGAGUUUUCUGGGUCCUGUUUGUGUCAUACUAGCACUGAACAUGAUUUUCUUCAUCAGGAUCGUCAUCAUUCUGAACUCAGCUCUCACAAAACUGAACAGUGAAGUUUCACAGAUGAAGCAAACCAAGGUUAUGGCGUUUAAAACACUGGGUCAGUUUGUGGUUCUUGGUUGUCCUUGGAUUCUGGGUUUCUUCACUGAUAGCAGUGAGGUGCUGCAGAUCGUCUUCCUGAUCUUGAACUCUCAGCAGGGAACCUUCAUCUUCUUGAUCUACUGUGUGCUCAAUAAUGAGAUCAGACAGCAAUACUGGAAAUGCUUCACAUUUCUCUGCUCUGGAAACAAACCCAGCAAAAUCAACUGAGACCUGAUGAAAUCUUGAGGACUAAAGCACUAAUUUUUAGAAAAUCCUGUUAAAGGUGACAUUGUAUGCCCAUUUCACUUCAGUUUAUGAGUCUUAAGGGAAAAGUCUAUAGUCUUCUUUGAUUCAGUUUCUUAAUAGUGGUAUAAAUAAACACCCUUUUACCCAGUCAAAAACACCUCAGAGCACAAUGGGCUGUUUUAUGUUAUAUCUCUUUAAAUGCUAAUGAGCUGCUGAUGCCCCGCCCAUCUCUCAGUUUUGAUCAGGAAUGACAAUACAUUUUUGAGGAGCAGCUAAGUUAAAGCUGUUAAUGACAGCCUUGUCCCAUGCUUAUAAUCGUCACAUAUAAUUUAUCAUUGCUUGACAUUGCAGCUUAACAUUAUCAAUGUAAAACGCAUUCAAACAAACCUCUACAUAUAUGAAAAGACACUGGUGUGCUUAACAAAUGCUUGGCUGCACAGUCUAUGAGUGAAAAUCAGCAGCACCACGCUUCUAAACAAGAGUGAAUUUAAGUUGGAGCUUACUAACUGUAACCAGAAGAAAACAAAAACAUAUAUAAAUGUAACCCACCGGUCCUACUGCACCCAACCCGGUCUGAGCUGGGUUGGGAUCGAACGGACGACUGGAUGGGAGUCGAUUGCUCUAACAAGGAGGCUAAAGACCAUGGCCUCUAGAGCCUAUCUAUAGAGCAUGCUUAGAGGUCAGAGGAGUGAGCUUUACCGUCCAUAGCACUUUGCUAGCUGGCCUUCCUUACGCUUACCCCCUAAACCUCACUCACAUCCCGGACAAGCCCCCACGUUUAACCCACUGGUCAGACUGCACCCAGCUCUAUCUGAGCUGGGAUCGAACUGUUGAUUCUUUGUAUGGGAGUCGAUUGCUCUAACAAGGAAGCUAAAGACCAUGGCCUCUAGCGCCUGUUGCUAGAGCAUGUUUAGAGGUCAGUGGAGUGAGGUUUACCUCCAUAGGACUUUGGUAGCUGGCCUCCGUUACACUCACCCCUAAACCUCACUCCUAUCCCGGAUGAGCCCCCACGUGUAACCCACUGGUCAUAAUGCACCUGACCCAGUUUGAGCUGGGAUCGAAUCGGCGAUUCUUUGUAUGGGAGUCAGUUGCUCUAACAAGGAGGCUAAAGACCAUGGCCCCUAGCACCUGUCAAUAGUGCACGCUUAGACAUCAGAGGAGUGAGCUUUACCUGUAUAGCACUUCGCUAGCUGGACUCUGUUACAUAAAUACGACAUUUGUAGGUUCAUUUGUAGAUCUACAUUGAUGUAAGUCCAGCUUCAUAUUGAGUUUGUAAAGCAGUCCAGUAAAAUCAUGUUUUCCACACAUAAGCACAUUUUUGUUCACUCUUUCUGGGACAUUCCCUUCAUUUAUUAAGCUAAUCCGUCUCUGAAUCUGGGAUUCUCUGUAAGCACACCGGUGAACCUCUUCAUCUGAACACACUUUAGACCGCAUGCCAGGAUAGCUUCAUUGUUCAAAUGCUGAGAAACUAAAGACACCAUUAGCUGCCUUGCUAUCUGUUUACAAAAAGAGGUGGCAAAGAGGGCGGAGUCCAUAACUUGCUUGUACAUGUGAAGAAGUAACACUAAAUUCAAACAGGUCAAUUAUGGCACGUACAAACACUCAGACAGUUCAUUAAACAAGCUGCAUGUUUACUUUUCACUUGUCUGAGCUGGCAGUCACAGCAGAAACAUAACUAAAUUGACAAAAAGUGAACAUUUCAUCCGAUUACACCAUUAAAAUAUAAUUGUAAUGGAAUCUGUUUUUUAAAGAUAACAUCAGUAAAUCACUCUCUGUAAAUUAGCUGUUAUGCUAAAGCUUCAUAUGUUUCAUUUUCUCUGUCAUUAAUUUUGAAAGAAUUUUGUGGUUUUUGUUAUGAUGUUGUUUUUCAUAUUUGUAUUUAGUUAUUUCAGCAAUCAUACACACAUAUUUAGUCAAAUGUAGACAGUAGAUGAUUGUCAUUCUUUGCCUUAUUGAUAAUAUUCUGUAAAUAUCAUGAUUUCUUUUGUUUUUCAGCUUUGGUUGAGUUUUCUGAUGCAUAUUAACCACAUUUAUUAUAAAUAGUUUCAAAAACAUAUACACCACCUGACAAAAGUCUUGUCGCCUAUCCUAAGUUUUAGGAACAACAAAUAAUAACUUGGCUUCUAGUUGAUCAUUUAGUGUCAGAAAUGGCUUAUAUGAAAGGCAAAGGCCUCUAGAUUACGCUUAUUUUGCCAAAAUAAAAUCUGAUCAUGGCUUGAUUUGUAAUAAUUUAUUUAGGACAAUAAGGUCUGACUUUGCAA